AGCCCCCCCCCUCCCCGUUGCGCUAGGGUAUGGCCCCCGGGCCCGGCCCGGGACCAGAGGUCCCGCGCACGGGCCAGUGAAAGCGUCUUCCCGUUCCCGCCCUCUUCCUUCCUCGCCGGCCAGCACCAUGGGAUGUAAUAUGUGCGUGGUCCAGAAACCGGAGGAGCAGUACAAAGUGAUGCUUCAGGUAAACGGGAAGGAGCUCUCCAAGCUGUCUCAGGAGCAAACCCUGGAGGCCCUGCGUUCCUCCAAGGAGCCCCUGGUGAUCCAGGUGCUGAGACGCAGCCCCCGCCUGCGGGGGGACAGCUCCUGCCAUGACCUGCAGCUGGUGGACAGUGGCACUCAGACCGACAUCACCUUCGAGCAUAUCAUGGCGCUGGGCAAGCUGCGCCCGCCCACUCCGCCCUUGGGCAUCCUGGAGCCGUACGUCCUCUCUGAGCUUCCCCCCAUCAGCCAUGAGUAUUAUGACCCGGCGGAGUUCAUGGAGGGCGGCGCGCAGGAGGCAGACCGUAUGGACGAGCUGGAGUACGAGGAGGUGGAACUGUACAAAAGCAGCCACCGAGACAAGCUGGGCCUCAUGGUGUGCUACCGCACGGACGACGAGGACGACCUGGGCAUCUACGUGGGAGAGGUAAAUCCCAACAGCAUCGCAGCCAAAGACGGCCGGAUCCGCGAGGGAGACCGCAUCAUCCAGAUUAACGGUGUGGACGUCCAGAACCGAGAGGAGGCGGUAGCCAUCCUGAGCCAGGAGGAAAACACCAACAUCUCCCUGCUGGUGGCCCGGCCCGAGAGUCAGCUGGCAAAGCGGUGGAAAGACAGUGACCGGGAUGACUUCCUGGAUGACUUUGGCUCUGAGAACGAGGGGGACUUCCGCGCCCGGAAGCUGAAAUCCCCUCCCGCCCAGCAGCCACCGCAGCCCGGAAAUGAAGAGGAGAAGGGGGCGCCUGAUGGAGGCCCAGGCCUGAGCAACAGCCAGGAGCUGGACAGCGGGGUGGGCCGGACUGACGAGAGCACCCGCAACGAAGAGAGCUCGGAGCACGACCUGCUGGGGGAUGAGCCCCCGAGCACCACCAAUACCCCUGGCAGUCUGCGCAAGUUUGGCCUGCAAGGGGACGUGCUGCAGAGCCGGGACUUCCAUUUCAGCAUGGACUCGCUGCUGGCUGAGGGGGCGGGGCUGGCCGGGGGUGACGUGCCGGGCCUCACUGACGAGGAGUACGAGCGCUACCGGGAGCUGCUGGAGAUCAAGUGCCACCUGGAGAACGGCAACCCGCUGGGCCUCCUCUUCCCCCGCGCCUCGGGCGGCAACAGCGCCCUGGAUGUCAACCGCAACGAGAGCCUGGGCCACGAGAUGGCCAUGCUGGAGGAGGAGCUCCGGCACCUGGAGUUCAAGUGCCGCAACAUCCUGCGCGCGCAGAAGAUGCAGCAGCUCCGGGAGCGCUGCAUGAAGGCCUGGCUGCUGGACGAGGAGAGCCUCUACGACCUGGCGGCCUGCGAGCCCAAGAAGCGCGAGCUGCCCGACAUCUCCGAGCUGCCCGAGAAGUCGGACAAGGACAGCACCAGCGCCUACAACACCGGCGAGAGCUGCCGCAGCACGCCACUGCUCGCCGAGCCCCUGCCCGAGAGCCCGCUGCGCCGGGCCGCGGCCGGCAACUCCAACUUGAACCGGACUCCUCCCGGCCCGCCCGGCCCCGCCCCCACAAAGGCGGCUCCUCCGCAGGGCAGCCCCGCCAAGUUCCGCUCGCUUUCCCGGGAUGCCGAGGCGGGCCGCAGACAGCACGCAGACGAGCGGGUCCGCCGGAACCCCAAGAUGGGCGUGACCCUGGAGCGCGUGGGCCCCGAAGGCAGCCCUUACCUCUCGCGCCGCCAUCGCGGCCAGGGCCAGGAGAGCGAGCAGUAUCACAGCUGUGUGCAGCUGGCCCCAGCGCGCGGCCUGGAGGAGCUGGGCCACGGUUCCUUGGGUUUGGCAGGUGGCCCUCGGGUGGGUGGGGUGGCGGCUGCAGCCCCCGAAGCGCCCCGCAUGGAGUGGAAGGUGAAGGUGCGCAGCGACGGCACGCGCUACGUAGCCAAGCGGCCAGUGCGGGACCGGCUGCUGAAAGCCCGCGCCCUGAAGAUUCGGGAGGAGCGCAGCGGCAUGACAACUGACGACGAUGCGGUGAGCGAGAUGAAGAUGGGCCGCUACUGGAGCAAGGAGGAGCGCAAGCAGCACCUGAUCCGUGCCCGGGAGCAGCGGAAGCGGCGCGAGUUCAUGAUGCAGAGCCGGCUAGAGUGCCUGAGAGAGCAGAGCGGCGACAGCAAGGCUGAGCUCAACAUCAUCGCCUUGAGCCACCGCAAGACCAUGAAGAAGCGGAACAAGAAGAUCCUGGACAACUGGAUCACCAUCCAGGAGAUGCUGGCCCACGGCGCACGCUCGGCCGAUGGCAAGCGAGUCUACAACCCUCUGCUCUCCGUCACCACUGUCUGAGCCGCCCAGCCUGGAGCCUGGCCUGGCUCAGGAGCCUCCUGUGGCCUGGCCCUUCCUCUCCCUUAGAAUGUAGUGUGUGUGUGUGUGUGCGCGUGCGCACGCACGCUGUGCUCUCGCACACGCCUGCCUGUCUUUGUGCACAGGACUUAACAAGGAGAAGGGCACCUGUCUUUCUUCCUCUGCCUCCUCCCCAAGCAAGGCACUGGAGGCACACCCAUGAUGGGUAGCCCUUCAGCUGUGUGUGUUGUGUGUGUGCACACAACACACACCCAUGCACACAGAAGCUCUUGCUGCAUGGCUGCUUGGAGACAGGGAAGUGGAUAGCAAGGAAGCCAGCACCGCCACUGAGCACAGCUUCGCCCCCUGCUGGAAGCCGCAGUCACUUGUAGACAAAGGCAACCCCGAUUUUUGUGGUUUUUCUCCCUUUCUGUGCUUGCCGAUCGUUGUUUUUCUGUUGUGUGGACCCGCCCUGGGGGUUGGCAGCUCCCUCAGGUGGUCGGACAAAGGUGGAACCCUGAGUGUUGGCUGGGAAGGA